CCUCUCCCUCCGCACAUUCCUGGCAGGAUUCCUUGGGAGUCUCUCGGCUCAGUCUGCUCUCUGCUGCCGGGAGUUGGGGAGCGAAUCCCGGGGAAACUUCCAGGAAAGUGCCCUGCGGCCCCCCAGCUGGAUGUAAGUGGGGGUUCCCCCUAUCCCCGCCUGUCACUGAACCCCCACAUUCCCAGCAGACAGUGAACCCCCGGAGUUCUAUGCUGAGAUUCUCCCCCGGACUUUGCCCCCGACUGCACUGCCUGGAGACUGACAUCCCACAUCUCAAGCGACAGUGAACCCCGAUAUUGUGCCAUUGCGCCCCCACUUGGCUGCUCUGCGCUGGGCUCCGGAGAAGGCUCAGGAUGAUCUGGGGGCGAACUGUGGCCCCUUGGGUCCCCCUCCUGCUGUUUGUCUCUCUGCUGCUCCUGCCCCAGGGAGUUGCGAGUUCCAGGGGGUUGGAUGAAGUUUAUUUCCCCGAUGGGGAGUCGGACGCACGGACGGGGCAGAACGCCUGGCGCUACGGAGAUUUGGCCGACGAUGAAGACUUUGCGGCAGAUGAAGCCUCAGGGGAUGACAAUGGCAGCACAGAGACGGGGAGCGGCACCGAGGAACCAAUCACUGCGACCCCCCCCUCCUUCCUUUCACCUACAGGUUUGGACACCUCCCUGGCAGUGCCACAACUUGCCGGUAUGAGUGUCCCAGAGCAGGAGCAGGAGCCCUACCUCAUUUAUUACAGGGCGCUGGUGAAUUUCACGCAGUCGAUAGAGUACUCGCCGGAGUUGGAUAACGUCUCGUCCCCGGAGUUCAUAGACCUGUCGGAGGCCGUCGUUGACACCCUGGAAUCUGAGUACCAUAAAAUUCCUGGAGAGCAGAUGGUCAGCGUUGUCUACGUCAAGGUCAUCGAUGGAGAUACAUUUGUGGAACUGGACGUGGGCUCUGAAGGCUAUUCCAACGAUGCUGAGAUCCGCCAGGUGCUUUUCUCUGUGAUAGACAGUCGCUCCAUCGCUUCUUACAUAACCUCAGCUCAAGGGUUCCAGUUCCGCCGCCUCGGAUCGGCCCAGACCCUGCCCUCACCUGUAGGGAAGGAACCGCCAGUCACUCCCUCGCUGCGGCCGUGCAGAGACGAUGAGUUCACCUGCACCAGUGGAGACUGCGUUCCUGCUGAAUACCGGUGUGACCACCGCCACGACUGCCGGGAUAUGUCUGAUGAGUUGGAAUGCGAGUAUGAAGUGGUUGUUACUGUGCCACAAGAACCCAGAAUUACUACGCCCGGUCCCAACCUAGGCCCAGUCUCUACAGCCAGACCAGCUACUACCCCUCCCAGGCCUUUUACUCGCCCGCCUGUUAUCGCCACAACUCCCUACAAACCUUUCACCCACAAACCACCCCCUGACUUGGAGACGCGUCAGUGCCGGAGAGAUGAAGCUCGGUGCCCCAAUGGGCAGUGCAUCCCCCGAGAUUAUCUGUGUGACGGUGAAAAGGACUGCAAGGAUGGCAGCGAUGAAAUGCACUGUGGCACCCCUUCCCCCUGUGAACCCAAUGAAUUCAAGUGCAAGAAUGGCCGCUGCGCCCUGAAGCUCUGGCGUUGCGAUGGCGACAAUGACUGCGGCGAUGGCUCUGAUGAACUGAAUUGCCCCACAAAAGGGCCAAGUGACACCUGUGCCCCUGACCAGUUUGUGUGCGUGCAAGCACGGACCUGUAUCCCUGCCAGUUACCAGUGUGACGAUGAAGCUGACUGCCCUGAUCGCUCGGAUGAAGUUGGCUGCAACCCACCCCAAGUCAUCACCCCACCUGAGGAGAGCAUUAUGGCUUCCCGAGGAGAUACUGUGCGCUUCACCUGUGUGGCCAUUGGUGUCCCUACCCCUAUAAUCACCUGGAGGCUCAAUUGGGGUCACAUCCCCACCAGUAGCAGGGUCUCAAUGACCAGUGAGAAUGGGCACGGAACUCUGAUCAUUCGAGAUGUAAAGGAAGCUGACCAAGGAGCUUACACCUGUGAAGCCAUUAAUGCCAAGGGCAUGGUGUUUGGCAUUCCCGAUGGUGUCCUGAUUUUGAAGCCACACAGAGGUCCUUGUCCAGAGGGCAGUUUCUAUGUGGAGAAUUCUGCCCGCUGUAUCCCCUGCUUCUGCUUCGGGGUGACUAAAGUCUGCCAGCAAACGGGGCGCUACCGAAACCAGAUCAGACUCCGAUUCGAUGUGCCAGAAGAUUUUAAAGGAGUGAACUUCACCGUCCCCUCUCACGUGGGCAUCCCACCGCUGUCCUCUAACCAACUGCAAAUCGAUACGAGUGUGGAGGAGUUCCAGCUUGUGGACCUUUCCCGCCGCUUCUUGAGUAUCGACUCCUUCUGGACUCUUCCCGGACAGUUCUUAGGGAACAAGGUGGAUUCCUAUGGUGGAUCUCUCAGUUUUAAGGUUCGUUAUGGAUUAACUCGUGGCCAGUCAGAGCCAGUAAGGAAACCAGAUGUGAUUCUGGUAGGAAAUGGGCGCAAACUGAUCUAUCGCGUGCAGACGUCUACCCAGCCCUCCAUUGUGAACCAACGGAAAAUCCAGUUCACUGAGGAAAACUGGCAACAUGAGUCUGGUGCGUCGGUGACCCGGGAGGAUCUACUGAUGACCCUGCAGAACCUGGAAGCCAUCAUGAUCCAGACAGUGUAUGACAACAAGAUGGCGAGCGUGGGGAUAUCUGAUAUCGUCAUGGACACAACCUCAGUGGAAUAUACCCAGCUUGGCCCGGCCGUGGGUGUGGAAGAGUGCAGGUGCCCUGGUGGAUACGCUGGUCCCUCCUGCGAGGUUUGUGCUGCACAGUUUGAGCGAGUGCCCGGUGGGCCUUUCCUUGGUACCUGUUCUGGAUGUAACUGCAAUGGCCAUGCCAGUUCCUGUGAUCCCGUGAGCGGCUAUUGUUUGAACUGUCAGCACAACACAGAGGGGCCCCAGUGCAAUAAGUGCAAAGCUGGGUUCUUCGGGGAUCCCACUAGAGGGGUAUCGGACGCUUGCCGGCCAUGUCCUUGCCCACACACUGACCCCAGGCGCAGGUUCUCAGACACGUGCUUCAUGGAUGUGGAUGGUCAGCCCACGUGCGACAGCUGUGCGCCGGGAUACACGGGGCGGCGGUGCGAGAGAUGCGCUGAGGGAUAUGACGGUCGGCCAAUGCAGCCUGGAGGCAGAUGUGAGCCCGUUGGUAACGUCUGUGAUGUGAAAGGGGCACUUAGCACCGGCGAUGGCUCCUGUGUGUGCAAGUCUCAUGUUGAAGGGAAUUUCUGCAAUGAAUGUAAGAGUGGAACCUUCUACCUUAGCGAGAAGAACCCCGAUGGCUGCCUGAAAUGUUUCUGUAUGGGGAUCACCAGACAGUGCUCCAGUUCCUUCUGGAAUCGAGACCAGGUUAGCUCCACCUACGACAGCCAAGACCGGGUGCCCUUUACCAUCUCCAAUGCCGGCAGCACCCGUACGUUGAGUGAGAGCAUCAGGGUGACCGGCCAAUCAGAACUAACGUUUAGCAACUUCCUUAACGUCCCUCAAGAUGUUUACUUCUGGGUGCUUCCGGAUCGGUUUAAGGGCGACAAGGUGACGUCCUACGGUGGGGAACUGCGCUACACCAUCACCUUUGAAGCUCCUGCUGGAUCCCAACCGCUGUUCGGCCAACCGGACGUUGUGUUACAGGGCAACGGCAUCUUCCUGGAACACUCGGCAAACACCAGGACGGCUCCCGGCUUCCCCAUCACCAUUACUGUUCCAUUCCGCGAGCGGGCAUGGCGACGCGCCGAUGGGCAAGAUGCCACCCGAGAGCACCUGCUGAUGGCCCUGGCAGACAUUGACCUGCUGAUGAUCCGAGCCUCGUAUGCCGAGAGGAUGGUGGAGACCAGGAUCUCUAAUAUCCACAUGGAUGUCGCUGUGCCGUACCCAACCGACCGGCAGAGGGCUGUGGAAGUGGAGCACUGUGUGUGUCCCCCGGGAUAUAGUGGCCCUUCCUGUCAGGACUGCGACACGGGAUAUACCCGCUCCACCUCGGGUCUGUACCUGGGCACCUGUGAGCGCUGCCAGUGUGGGGGGCACUCGUCUGAGUGUGACAGGGAGACCGGAGAAUGCCUGAACUGCCAACACAACACCGAGGGCACCAAGUGCGAGAAAUGCAAGGCCGGAUCCUACAGGGACCCCAACCGGGGAGCAGCCGCAGAGUGCCAGCCUUGCCCAUGCCAAGGAACAUCUGCCCAGUACUUUGGGACGUGCUUUUUGGAUAGAGAUGGACACCCCACCUGUGACUCCUGCCCCGUGGGCUAUGCCGGCCGCCAGUGUGAAAGGUGUGCCCCAGGAUACCGAGGAGACCCAGCCCGAGGGCAGCCCUGCACAGCGGAUGGAGGCAGCUCGUGCCCAUGUGACCUGCGGGGAAGCGUCAGCGAUAGGUGCGACUCUCGGCGUCAGUGCGAGUGCAAGCCCAAUGUGGAAGGUGCUUCCUGCGGGACUUGCCGCCCCCACCACUUCUACCUCAGCACGGAGAACCCUGACGGAUGCCUGCCCUGCUUCUGUAUGGGGGUGACCCAGCAGUGCACCAGUUCUACUUACCACCGAGAGCUGAUUUCCACCCCGUUCCUUCCUGGAAACUUCCAGAACUUUGCUCUGGUGAAUCGGCAGCGCAGCUCCCGCAUCACUUCCGGGUUCACCGUGGAAAUGUCCAGGCACGGCCCCCAACUCACCCACAGCUCCUUCGAUCAGCUGGGGCAGGAGUCCUACUACUGGCAGCUCCCCGAGGGGUAUCAGGGCGAUAAGCGGGAGAUGUACUUUGCGCGGAUGCGUCGUGCACACAAGAAUGACACGUCUCUGAGUGAGGAGGAACUGAGGAAGAAGGUGGCGUCUGGGCAAAUGGAAGAGGCUCCUCCCACGCGGGCUCGCUCCCGGCGCCAGGCCAAGAUGGAUGAAAAACAGAAACAAAUUGACAGCGAGAUUUGGAAUCUUCUUUCCGGCGGCUCCUCCUCUGCGUCUCUUCCUAAGGCUCCUCCCCCCAGUGCCGCCCACAAUAAAUCCCAGGGAACCCCCAUCCCUCCUCCUUCCUCCUAUGUUGGACCCCCUGGUGCUCGGUCAGAGUUUCCUCAUCCAAUUAGAGAAGGUCCCGUGGCCCAGUCUCGUGCCCACCCUCGCUCCUCCCCUGAGCCGGGCCCCCCGGGGCACAACAGGGAGCACAGGGCCAGCCAAGAGGCUCCAAGCGGAGAUUCCCCCCCGCGCUCCCGGGCACAGGAUUCCACCAACCUCCUUUUCCCUCAAACAACGAGGCCGAGAGGGUCGGAGAAGUUCUCUCUUGUCUACAAGGGCUUCUCCCUGCUCCCCGAGGGGGUCUUCUACUGGCAGCUGCCCAAAGCUUUUCUGGGGGACAAGGUGGCGUCGUACGGUGGGAAGCUGAGAUACACGCUCACCUACAAUGCCGGGAUCAGGGGGUCCGCUCUGCCCGACGCCGAUGUGCAAAUCACGGGCAAUGACAUCACUCUGGUGGCCUAUCAGCACGAUCUCCGCCCCCGCGAGAGCAAGAGCUUCGAGAUUGUGUUCCGAGAGAGUUCCUGGAAGCGCCCAGACGGGCAGCCGGCCACGCGGGAGCAUCUGAUGAUGGCAUUGGCCGAUCUGGACGAGAUACUGGUCAGGGCCUCCUAUUCCACCGACAUGUUAUCCUCGAGUAUCACGGGGGUGAGCAUGGAGACUGCCGGCCCUUCCUACACCAACCUGCCCCAAGCCCUGGAGGUGGAGGAAUGUCGCUGCCCGCCCGGGUACCAAGGGCUCUCGUGCCAGGAUUGUGCCCCCGGCUACACCCGCACAGGAGGGGGUCUGUACCUGGGUCACUGCGAGCCAUGUUACUGCAAUGGGCACUCGGAGUCUUGCCACCCUGAGACUGGCGCUUGCUCGAACUGUUUACACAAUACGGUGGGCGAGUCCUGCGACCAAUGUGCACCCGGUUUCUAUGGUGAUGCCUCAGCCGGUACCCCAGAAGACUGCCAACCAUGCGCGUGCCCACUGACUAACCCGGACAACCAGUUUUCCAAGACCUGUGAAAUUUUGGGCACUAGCGGGUACAGAUGCACGGCGUGCCAGCCUGGGUAUACGGGCCAGUACUGUGAGCGAUGUGCCCCAGGUUAUACAGGAAACCCCAAUAUCCCUGGGCAGAAAUGUGUUCCUGAGGACAGUCGCUCCAAGCUCAUAGUGAGGAUCCAUCCCCAGAAAGCCACACUUUCCCCUGGUGGAGAGGUCACUCUCCGAUGCCACGUGAGCGGGAACCCUCCUUACUAUUUCUACUGGACGCGGGAAGAUGGCCGACCUAUACCUCCAAGUGCCAAGGCUGUCGGGGAAGGGGAGAAUCUGCACUUCUCCAGGGUGCAACCAACUGAUUCGGGAGUUUAUAUCUGUACCUGCCGAAGUCCUGAGUCUGUCAACACCAGCAAAGCAGAGAUUGUAGUUUCUGCUGCCCCGUCUAAACCCAUCACUGUGACUGUGGAAGAGCAGCGGGUACAGACCGUGCGCCCAGGUUCCGACGUCACCUUCAUAUGCACAGCGAAGAGCAAGUCUCCUGCCUACACGCUGGUGUGGACUCGGCAGCACAACAGGAAGCUCCCGGAUCGCGCCAUGGACUUCAAUGGCAUCCUGACCAUCCGCCGGGUGCAGCCGGAAGACGCCGGCAUUUACGUUUGCACCGGCUCUAACAUGUACGACAUGGACGAGGGCAACGCCACCCUGUAUGUCCAAGACUCUUCCCAGACCCAGAUGUUUUAUGGACCCUAUGAAACCAUGGAAGGACACCGGCCGUCUGGAACCGCCACCUCCCCCAACGCGGCCGCGGAACCCAGACAGCUGACAGUCCAAAGGGGUCAAACGGCAGAAUUCCGUUGCACGGCAACCGGGACCCCGACACCCGCGGUGGAAUGGACAGGACCGAAUGGAGGACUUUCUCCUAGAGCCGUCGUCCAAGGGGGGGUCCUGCGCUUCCACUCCGUGGAGCCCUCAGACGAGGGGCAAUAUACCUGCCGGGUACAUAACAGCGCGGGGCAGCACUUUGCCCGGGUCGACCUUCGAGUGCACAGUGGGAGUUUGCCGGAGGUGCAAGUGAGCCCCGAAAGGACGGAAGUGAGGGAAGGCGACACAGUGCGACUGUACUGCAGGGCCGGAGGGACCCCCGCGGCCACCAUCUCCUGGAGGAAGGAGGGAGGAAGCCUGCCCCCGCAGGCGCUUUCCACUUUCGGUUUCCUUCACUUUCGGAGCAGCAGUUGGGAAGCAAUAAAGAGACGGGCUCAGGAGCUGCAGGCUCGCACAGAAAGAACGGACAUUUCUACUCUAGUCAUCCCCUCCAUAUCCGCGGCUGAUGGUGGCACCUACCUCUGUGUGGGAACCAGCUCCGCAGGGUCGGCACAAGCCCGAAUUGAAGUGAUUGUAAUUGGAGCUCCCAUCCAUGGUCCAACCUUGAGGAUCGAACCCUCAUCAGAUACAGUCAUCGAGGGGCAAUUGGUGGAACUAAACUGCGUCUCAGCGAAUCCAUAUGCCACAGUGACGUGGCACCGGGGUGGGGGACGGCCCCUCUCACCAAACCACCAGGCCUACGGCUCAAAGCUGCGCAUCCUGCAGGCAUCUACCGCCGACUCUGGAGAAUACAUCUGCCGCGUGACUAAUGGUGCAGCCACCCAACAGGCCUCCAUCAUCAUCACCAUCACCCGCUCCUCGGGCCCCCAGCAACCCUCAGGAAACGUCCCUGCCCUCCGCAUCGAGCCUUCCUCGGACACGUUGGUUGAGGGACAGACUUUGGAACUGAAUUGCUUGUUUCCCAGCUACCCCAAUGCCGUGGUGACGUGGCACAGAUCCGGGCAACCCCUAUCCCCAAAUCACCAGGUAUCUGGGCCCCGGCUGCGGAUCCUACAGGCCUCGGUGGCUGAUUCUGGUGAAUACAUCUGUCGUGUGACCACCGGCCCCGUCACCCAGAAAGCUUCGAUCCUCGUCACCAUCACCCGAGCGUCCGGCCCCAGUAUCCCAUUGGGUAACGGCCCGGCUGUUAGGAUCGAAACUUCUUCAGGAUCGGUGGUAGAAGGACAGACCCUUGAGUUGAACUGCGUGGUUGCCGGACAGCCUGAUGCAGUGGUCACGUGGCACAGAGCCGGCCGCCUACUCUCCCCCAACCACCAGGUUUUGGGUUCACGGCUACGGAUCACCCAGGCCUCAGUUGCAGACUCAGGUGAAUACAUCUGUCGGACCACCACUGGAACCACCACCCGUCAGGGCUCCAUCAUGGUCACCAUCACCCACAGCACAAGCUCUGGUCACUCUUCUCUCAUCACCCCAACUAUCAACAUAGAGUCAGCGCCGGACUCCGUGGCCGAGGGUCAAACAGUUGUGCUGAACUGCGUUAUAGAAGGCAGGCCACAUCAAGAGGUCACAUGGUACCGGCCAGAUCAGCCGCUUGCGCCCAAUCACCAGGUUUCCGGGUCGCGGCUUCGGAUCACUCACGCAUCUCCGAGGGAUUCUGGGGAAUACAUCUGCCGGAUACAGAGUGGGGCCGGGGUUCAGAUGGCCUCCAUCAUGGUUUCUAUAGAAGGUUCCUCACUCAACACAGGACUGGGUUCUCCCAUUCGGAUCGAGUCCUCCUCGGAGACCGUGGAACUGGGGCAGACGAUAGAGCUCAACUGCCUGGCCGAGGGGCACCCAGGGGCCGUGGUUACCUGGCACAGGUCGGGCGGGUUGCCUCUUCCAUCCAACCACCAGGUCUCCGGUUCCCGAAUGCGGAUCCUCCAAGCCUCCCCUGCUGACUCCGGGAUUUACAUCUGCCGAGUAAGCUCCGCCUCCGGGUCCCAGGAAGCCUCGGUCACCAUCAAUGUGCACAGUUCCGCGCAAGUGCCCAACCAGUUCCCUUACCCAAUCCUCAUUGAGAAGUCGGCCGACACGGUGAGUGAGGGGCAGACGCUGGAUCUGAACUGCGUUGUUGUGGGCCAGCCGCAAGCGCCGGUCUCCUGGCACCGCCCCGGGGCCUCUUUCUCCUCCAAUCACCAGAUCUCGGGAUCCCGACUGCGCAUUGUACAAGCCUCCACAGCUGAUUCGGGUCAGUACGUCUGUCGCCACGACACCGGCGCCGGGAUACAACAGGCCUCUAUAUCAGUCUCCAUUCUGUCCGGAGCUGCCUCCUCCUACCGACUCCAGAGCCCAGUUAUCUCCAUUGACCCACACAGCGCCACCGUGCAGCGGGGCCAGAAUGCCACCUUUAAAUGCCGGAUUCAUGAUGGCGCCCAGCCCAUCCGCGUGACUUGGCAGAUGAGACACAAUCAGCCAAUGGAAGACAAUGUGCACAUCAGUCCCAAUGGCUCCAUCAUCACCAUAGUUGGUGCCACCCAUAAAAACCAAGGGUCCUACCGCUGCAUGGCAUCCAAUGCCUACGGGAUGGUACAUAGCUCUGUCAACCUGGUGGUACAAGGGCGCCCGAGUGUUUCUGUUAUUCCACAUGGGAAAAUCAGGGUGAAGGAGGGGGAGCCAAUAAAUGUUGAGUGUAUGGGGAUAGGAGAUCCGCGCCCAAUCGUCAGCUGGCGCCGUACGGGAGCCCGAGAGAACUUGAAGCAGCACCGGUUGGCGCCACUAGAUGGCACUGCAGUUCUGCAGAUUCCAUCAGCCAAACCGGCCGACUCCGGAUCCUACACGUGUGUCGCCCACAACCCCCAUGGUUCCACGCAGGUCCACGUAGAGGUUCACGUUGAAGGUCACGUGAUUAGCCCGGGGGCCCCCCUGGUUUUGGCAGACAAGCCCGUACAUGUGGUGGUGACUGGGGGCCAAGCGACUCUGAGCUGCUCCGCAUCUGGAAACCCGACCCCCACCAUCACAUGGUCCAAACUCCGCGCCCCCCUCCCUUGGCAGCACCAGGUGGUCAAUAACACCCUGAUCAUCCCGAACGUGGCGCAGCAGGACUCGGGCCAGUACAUCUGCAACGCCUCCAACGCCGACGGGCACGCCGAGGUGUAUGUCACGCUGGAUGUGGAAACGCCAGCCUACGCCACCACUCUGCCCCACGAGGCGUCCGUCAGCCCCGGGGAACCCAUUCAGAUCCAGUGUCUUGCCCACGGGACCCCUCCAAUCAAAUUCCAGUGGAGUAGAGUCGAUGGGACGCUCCCUGGCCAAGCCAGCAUUCAAGAUGGCGUCCUCCAUAUCGACCAGGCGUCGGCGUCGGACUCCGGCACCUACCGCUGCGUGGCGAGCAACAAAGUGGGCAGUAGCGAGGCCUUCGCUCAGGUCACCGUGUCGGGGGGAGGAGCUGAGACAGGUCGCCCUACAGCCUCCAUCAUUCCUCGUGGACCCGUCAGGGUGAAAGUGGGCAGUCCAAUCUACCUGGAGUGUAUGGGCCAAGGUGACCCACGUCCAGUCGUCAGUUGGCGUCGAACUGGGGACAGACAGAACCUGAAGCCCCAGCAGCUGGUACCACUGGACAGCCAUGCGGUUCUUCAGAUUCUCUCUGCAAGACCCGAGGACUCUGGAUCCUACACGUGCACGGCCCAGAACCCAUCUGGUUCCACACAGGUUCAAGUUGAGGUCCAUGUUGAAGGUCGCGUGAUAACCCCCGGGGUACCCAAGGUGACAGCAGAGCAGCCAUUGCACGUGGUGGUGGCUGGAGACCGAGCCUCCCUGAGCUGCACGGCUGUAGGGAACCCAGCUCCGAAAAUCACCUGGUCCAAACUCCGGGCCCCUCUCCCCUGGCAGCAUGAAAUCGUUAACGACACAUUAAUUAUCCCCAAAGCUGCUCUGCAGGAUUCUGGCCAAUACAUCUGCAACGCGUCCAAUGCUGAAGGCUACUCGGAGGUGUUUGUUACUCUGGAUGUGGAAACACCCCCUUAUGCCACGACCCUUCCCGAUGAGGUGUCUGUAAGUGUUGGAGAGGUGAUUCAGAUUCAGUGUCUCGCCCACGGAACCUCCCCACUCAAAUUCCAAUGGAGCAAAGUCAAUGGAUCCCUCCCAGACCGAGCGACCGUGCGUGACAGCACCCUCCAUAUCAAUCUGGCCAAAGCCGCCGACGCCGGCACCUACCGCUGUGUGGUUGGCAACAAAGUGGGCAGCAGCGAGGCCUUUGCUCAAGUCAGCGUUUUGGCGCCGUUUGCCGUGAGAGUUUCGCCGCUGAUCGACACGAAGGCCGUGAGUGGGACGGCAGAGUUUACCUGCACGGUCGUAGGGGACCCGCGGGCACGGAUACAGUGGUCUAAAGAAGGGGGCCAGUUGCCAGCCGGGCACCAAGUGCAAGGAGGGGUCCUACGAAUCCCCAAUCUGGAAUCUGGCAAUGAAGGGACCUACACGUGCCGCGUAUCCAGCCGCUUUGGGCAAGCACAGGAGAGCGUCAGGCUGGUCCUACAAGCGUUGCCCAAAGUGAGGAUCAAUAUUCGCACCUCCGUGCAGACGGUGUUGGCUGGAAAUUCCGUGGAGUUCGAAUGUCUUGCCCUCGGGGACCCUCGGGCCAAGGUGACGUGGAGUAAGGUGGGCAGCCGCUUGCCCGGCGAUGCCGUGAUCAGUGGUGGCACUCUCAGAAUUGAGCAAGUAAAACAGUCGGACGCCGGGCAGUACCGAUGUACAGCAGCCAAUGAUGUUGGAGAGGUGCAGUCACACGUCAUUCUCCAUGUUCAAUCCGUGCCCCAAAUCGCCGCCCAGCCAGAGAUGAAGGAGAUCACAGCAGGUUCCACGGCGGUUUUUCCCUGUCUCGCCUCCGGCUUUCCAGUUCCUGACAUCACAUGGAGCAAGUUGGAAGGAGACCUCCCCAGUGAUCACCAAAUAGACAACAACGUUCUGACCAUCCUAUCCGUGAAACCAGAGGAUGCUGGGACAUAUGUGUGUACGGCAGCCAAUCGGCAGGGUCGCGUCACUGCCUUCUCCAUGCUGAAGGUUCGAGAGCGCGUGGUGCCCUAUUUUACUGGGCAACCCCAGUCCUAUCUCAGCCUCCCAAGCAUCAAGGACGCUCACAAGAAACUGGAAAUCAAGAUCACCUUCCGGCCUGACACUGCUGAUGCUCUUAUUCUCUACUCGGGCAUGCUGGUCUAUAGCGGGCAGAAGAAGAGCAAUGGGGCUGAUUUUGUCUCCUUUGGUUUGGUUGGUGGACGCCCUGAAUUCAGGUUUGACGCAGGUUCGGGCAUGGCCACCAUUCGCUACCCGACUGCCAUCUCCCUGGGCGAGUUCCACACUGUCACCUUGUAUAGGAACCUGACCCAGGGCUCCCUGGUGGUGGACAGACAUGUUCCUGUGAAUGGCACCUCCCAGGGGAAAUUCCAAGGCCUGGAUCUGAAUGAAGAACUUUUCUUGGGGGGUUAUUCCCAUUACGAUUCCAUCUCCAAAACUGGCCUGAACAGUGGCUUUGUUGGGUGCGUCCGCCAGUUGAUCAUCCAAGGAGAAGAAGUGAUAUUCAAGGAUCUGGACCUGAGUGCAAAUGGCGUUUCCAACUGCCCCACGUGUAGAGACCGACCCUGCAAGAACAGAGGAACGUGCCAGGACUCGGAGAGCAGCAGUUACGUGUGCGUCUGUUCCGCCGGCUUCACUGGGAGUAACUGUGAGCACUCUCAGGCCCUGCACUGCCACCCAGAAGCCUGUGGCCCUGAUGCCACCUGUAUAAACCGAGCCGACGGGCAAGGAUACACCUGCCGCUGCCACCUGGGCAAAUCCGGAGAGAAAUGCAUGGAUGGCACCAUGGUGAACACCCCGUCCUUUAAUGGCGACUCCUCCUACAUCUCCUACCCGUCUCUCACCAACAUCCACAACGAGCUCCGCGUAGACCUGGAAUUCAAGCCGAUAUCUCCAGACGGACUUCUGUUCUUCAGCGGAGGGAAAGCUGCCCCAGUGGAGGACUUUGUGUCCAUUGCAAUGGUGGGGGGGUACCUGGAAUUCCGAUAUGAGCUUGGCUCAGGGCUGGCAAUCCUGAGAAGUUUGGAGCCGGUCACACUGGGCCAGUGGCACAAGGUAUCAGCAGAGCGAGUGAAUAAGGACGGGACUCUGAUAGUGGACGGCACCGACCCAGUGAAGAGAUCCGCCCCGGGGAAGAGCCAGGGACUUAACCUGAAGACCUUGAUGUAUCUCGGGGGAGUAGAUGGUUCUGUGGAGCUUCCUAGUGCUGCCAAUAUCAGCCGCCACUUCCAGGGCUGCAUAGGAGAGGUUUCCAUUAAUGGGAAGAAAGUUGACAUUUCCUACAGUUUCACUGAAAGCUCGGCCAUUGGGCAAUGCUACGAUAACAGCCCCUGCGACCGGAUGCCCUGCCUGCACGGGGGGCGCUGCCAGCCCACGGGCGAGUAUGAGUAUCAGUGCCUGUGCCUGGAUGGAUUCAAGGGGGAUCGGUGCGAGACCCACGAGGAUCAGUGUCAGAUACACAACCCCUGUCUCAAUGGCGCCACCUGCAAGGACAACCGAUGCCACUGCCCCUCCGGGUACUCGGGCACAAUCUGUGAGCAUGGACGCACGGCUGGCGCUGAGGAUCGGGAUUGGCCCGUGGAAGGGAGUGGGGGGAAUGAUGCCCCCGGGCUCUACGGAUCGUUCUUCUCUGAUGACUCUUACAUUGCCCUUCCCAAACAUGUCUUCCCCAGAAGCCGGCCGGAGGCGCCAGAAACCAUAGAGUUGGAGAUCAGAACCAGCUCGUCGGAGGGCGUGAUCCUGUGGCAGGGGAUGGUUUCCCAUAGUUCUGAGAAUCAUCUGCUUGGCACUAACCAGGAGGAGAACGAGCAGAGCAAAGGCAAGGACUUUAUAAGCCUUGGGCUGAAGGACGGCCAUCUUGUAUUCAGUUACCAGUUGGGCAGCGGGGAGGCCAAUAUCCGCUCGGAGGAUCCCGUGAAUGAUGGGGAAUGGCACCGAAUCGUGGCUGUACGGGAAGGGAAAUUGGGUUCCAUCCAAAUCGAUGGAGAAGAUUCCGUGAGUGGGGCCUCCCCAGGCAGGAACAUCAUGGUCAACACCAAGGGGAGCGUCUAUCUGGGCGGAGCCCCCAAUGUAAAGACUCUGACUGGCGGAAAGUUCUCCUCGGGAAUCAAUGGCUGCAUCAAGAACCUGGUGAUUCUAAAUGCCAGACCUUCCCAGCAGCCUCACCAACCAAUCGACUUGAAGCAUCACGCAGAGGCGGGGCAUAACACCAAAGAGUGCCCCUCAUAGGCCGGCGCUUCUCGCUCGCUGGCGAUGCUAGGCCAAUCCAGAGACACUUGUUUAUCUUGUUGUUUUUUUUGUUUUUUUUUUAAAGAGACAGUGACAUGAAAGCAAACACAACUGGUGCUGCUACCAAAUAACCUACAUGGGCGGAGCUGAAACGGCGGAACUGGAUUGGGCGUUUCCGUAUUACACACCCGGGAAUUUCCUUUUGAAUUAUUAUUAUUAUUAUUUUUUAAUGUCUACAGAUUUUUCCAUGUGUUUUACAAGCCGGAUGAAGGAAUAGUAUCAGAUUUAAAGCAGAUAUUUGUUUUUAAAAAGAUUCUUUAACCAAAAAAACCACAAAAAAAACCUUCCCAUAGGCAAAACUAACAGACUGUGUAAGCGCCAUGCUGUUCCCUCUCCGGCCACAGGGGGCGCAGGAAUCGCUUUCCUACCCCUAUAGCCAUAAACUACUAACAGACUGUGUAAGCGCCAUGCUGUUCCCUCUCCGGCCACAGGGGGCGCAGGAAUCGCUUUCCUACCCUCAUAGCCACAAACUAACAGACUGCCCUCUCCGGCCACAGAGGGCGCAGGAAUCGCUUUCCUACCGCUAUAGCCAUAAACUAACAGACCGUGUAAGCGCCAUGCUGUUCCCUCUCUGGCCACAGGGGGCGCAGGAAUCGCUUUCCUGCCUUAAUAGCCACAAACUAACAGACUGUGUAAGCGCCAUGCUGUUCCCUCUCUGGCCACAGGGGGCGCAGGAGUCGCUUUCCUGCCUUAAUAGCCACAAACUAACAGACUGUGUAAGCGCCAUGCUGUUCCCUCUCUGGCCACAGGGGGCGCAGGAGUCGCUUUCCUACCCCUAUAGCCACAAACUAAUAGACUGUGUAAGCGCCAUGCUGUUCCCUCUCUGGCCACAGGGGGCGCAGAAGUCGCUUUCCUGCCCUAAUAGCCACAGUACAUGAGCCAGAAGUCUCAUUAUGGCCAUAACUGUAUUGCGUUUGCCCCCAGACCCCCGGAGUGUUGCCCCGGCCCCCGGCAAUGAGCAUUUUGUUACAAAUCCGUACAACCCUCCCCCAACACACAGGCCGGAAUCAGUGUUAUUUGCUCCGUGGUGCUGAUGAUGUCACACAGGAAGUCCGGCCUUGCCUUACAUCACUUCCUGCCCUUGGGCGGGCAGUUUGUUCCCUGUCAGUGACUCUGGGGGGGGGGGGGGGAGGGGUCGAUCUGUUUCUAUUGAGUUUACUGGAACGCUAUUGGGUGCUGUUAUUGGGCUAUUCCAUUUCAUCCUGGGAGGGGGGGAGGCCGGCACGGCCAUUUUUUUCUUAGUCGUAUUUAUUCUUUUACAUCUAACUAACCAACUCCACCGGACCGUGUCCCCAAGGUGCUUGAACGCUACGUUCAGGCCGACAACACGUUUUACAAUAAAAUCAUUCCGUACCGUC